UCCGCGCACAGCCCCGGCUCCCCUCGCCUUCCCCUCCGCUCCCGAGGGCUUGCUCGGCACCUACGGGUUUACCUCAGGUUUUCCCUCUCGCGGCCCACCUUGGGCUUUUCCCGCCUCCCCGAAGUUACCUCAGGCUCUCCCGCCCUCAGGUUUCCUACCCCCGGCCUGUCCUGGUUCCCCCUCAGGCUAAUUCCAAGCCUCCCCCUUUCUCUUCAUCCCUUCCAGGCUUUUCUCCUCCUUAGUCUCCCCUUCUCCCUGGCCAUUCCCAGUCCCCUCACACCCUCCUUCCUCACACUAAGUUGUGGGGGGUCCAUUCCCCUCAGUGCCCCCUGCAAACCCACCCACCGAGGGGUGCAGGCCCCAGGGCUGGGCUUGCCCCAGCCUUCCCACAGGCCCACCCAGGCCCUGAUGCCCCCUCAGUGAGCACUCGUGGGGUUGAGCUGGGCCUCGAAGCAUGGCCUCGGAGGCGGUGAAGGUGAUCGUGCGCUGCCGGCCCAUGAGCCAGCGUGAGAAGGCUCUGGGCUGCAAGGCGGUGGUCAGCAUGGAGAGCGCGCGGGGCCAGUGCUUCCUCCAAAACCCCGCCGCCGCCGGCGAGCCCCCCAAGCAGUUCACCUUCGACGGGGCCUACUUCCAGGAGCACAACACGGAGCAGAUCUACAACGAGAUCGCCUACCCGCUGGUGGAGGGUGUCACCGAAGGCUACAACGGCACCAUAUUUGCCUACGGCCAGACUGGCAGUGGGAAGUCAUUCACCAUGCAGGGAAUCGUGGAUCCUUCUACACAGAAAGGCAUCAUACCCAGGGCAUUUGAACACAUUUUUGAGAGCGUACAGUGUGCUGAAAAUGCCAAGUUCUUGGUGAGAGCUUCCUACCUGGAGAUUUACAACGAAGACAUACGAGACCUUCUUGGAGCUGAUACCAAGCAGAAGUUGGAGCUGAAGGAACACCCGGAGAAGGGGGUGUACGUGAAGGGGCUGUCCCUGCACACCGUGCAGAGCGUGGGCCAGUGCGAGCGCAUCAUGGAGACGGGCUGGAGAAACCGAGCGGUGGGUUACACCCUCAUGAAUAAGGACUCUUCCCGUUCCCACUCCAUCUUCACUGUCAACAUGGAAAUCUACACCGUAGAUGAGCGAGGGCAGGACCACCUUAGGGCCGCGAAACUCAAUUUAGUGGAUCUGGCAGGAAGCGAGAGACAGUCGAAAACUGGAGCCACAGGGGAGCGUCUCAAAGAGGCCACCAAAAUCAACCUGUCCCUCUCGGCUCUGGGCAAUGUCAUCUCGGCCCUGGUUGAUGGCAGGAGUAAGCACAUCCCCUACCGAGACUCAAAGCUGACCAGGCUGCUGCAGGACUCCCUGGGAGGGAACACCAAGACGCUGAUGGUAGCCUGCUUAUCUCCGGCUGAUAACAACUACGACGAAAGCCUCAGCACUCUGCGCUACGCUAAUCGAGCGAAAAACAUCAAGAACAAGCCCUGUAUCAACGAGGACCCCAAGGAUGCUCUGCUGAGGGAGUAUCAGGAGGAGAUAAAGAAGCUGAAGGCCAUUCUGGCUGAACAGAUGAGCACGAAUAACUUGUCAGGGCUUCUGCCUGCUGAGACCGCUCACCUGGCUCCCCUCCUCAAGCCCCAGAUAGAUCUCGAAGCAGAGAAGCAGCUGAUCAGAGCAGAGUACGAGGAGAGACUGGCCCAGCUGAAGGCCAGCUACGAAGCGGAACAGGCGUCCCGAGCCCGCCUCGAGGAGGACAUCAGCCACCUGAGGAAUCACUACGACAUCAAGCUGUCUGCUCUCGAGGAGAACCUCAGGAGGGAGGCAGGAGGAGCUGCCACAAGGACUGAAAUUACUCCUGACAAGGCACCUUUGCCUGGAGACUCUGUCGCUGCAGCAGAUGAAGAACCAACAUCAGCCCAGGCCCCAGCAGCACCUUGGCCUGUCCCGGACACUGAUGAUGCGAGCAGGGGAAGUGCUGGAGCAGAGGUGGCCAUCGCUGCUGAGGGGAUUUUGCUGCCUGCAGACCAGCAGCAGGUACUCGCCAGGCUGCAGAUGCUGGAGCGACAGGUGGUUGGGGGGGAACAGGCCAAAAACAAGGACCUCAAAGAAAAGCGUAAACGCCGGAAAAAAUACGCAGACGAUCGGAGGAUGCAGCUGGUGGCUGCCCUGCAGCAAUCGGACGAGGACACCAGCGACUGGGUUCUGCUUAACGUCUAUGACUCCAUCCAGGAGGAGGUCCGUGCCAAGAGCAAGCUUCUGGAGAAGAUGCAGGAAAAGCUGCGGGCCGCCGAGACCGAGAUCAGAGACCUGCAGUCGGAGUUUGAGCUGGAGAAGAUCGAUUACCUGGGCACCAUCCGCCGCCUGGAGCGGGACCUGCUGCUCUUCCAGCAGCUGCUGGAUCAGGUGCAGUCCCUCGUCCGCCGCGACUGCAACUACAGCAAUCUGGAGAAGAUCAAGCGCGAAUCCGUCUGGGAUGAGGAAAACAGCUGCUGGAGAAUUCCAGAGCCCGUCAUCCAAAGAACCCGCCUGCCCGCAGCAGUUCCGGUCCUGCCGCAGCCCCAACCUGCCCGAAGCAGCCCCGCAGCCCAGAGCGGAGACCGCACGCCCGAGCAGGACCGCUACAAGCUGCUGCUGACCCGCAGCGACAGCGAGACGGCCACCAACAACUACUUCGGCCCCCGCCGCGCCAGCCGCAUCCUCCACCCCGGCCUGGCCCAGCACCCAGCUCCCCCGGGGCCAGAGGUGGCCACCGUGGCCCGGCCCUUCCGCCUCCAGGCCCUGGCCGUGCCCCCGCCAAGCGCCAACACCAAGCACAAAAAGGGCAAAAAGAGCAAAAAGCGCUGACCCCCCCGUGUCCAGCCUCGCAGGACGACGCUGAAUCUCUGUGGUUUCACACCAAAACACUCAUGCUCUCCAUCGGGGUGGCAGGACAGAGGGUGAACUCGCCAUCACUGCGUCUCGCCCCCCAACCAGCUGCAAUAAACCAGUCUGGCAGCCCCAUUUUUGAGGUCUUUUACUGGGAAGUCCUCCCAAAAGCGUAUCAUUCAAAUGUUAUUAUUAGUGACUGGUGGGGAAAGGCCUUAAUUGCGUCCUCACUGAUAACGACCUUCUGCCCUUGAAAAUAACUCAUCAAGGGGGGCCAGUAUUGUCAUCCUCCAGGAGGCACAUUGAGCACGAGGACCUUGAAGACGAUACUAACCUACGUCUUUUGAGAAUUUUAACCAACUUGUCAGGAAAGUGGAAAUUCUUAGUGGCUUAAGCUGAACCAUCUUUGUUAUAAUACUAAAAAUCAUGCCCAUAGGUCAAACGACCCUCACCCAGGUGAUGACCCUUCCGCUGGGCACGUGCGGUAACUGUAACUUGCUGGUGUAACCGUCUGUAAAUUACUAACCCACCAAAUGCGGGGUAUUAACAUUAUAAUUAUGUAAAACGUGUAUAAAAGUCGUGUGGAGAGCCCUGAUAAGGGGCGGUUUGUGGGAACCACCGGGCACCCCCCCUUGAAAUAAACUCUGAAAAUGAAC